CCUGUAAGGGGAGAACACUGCGUGGUCAACUUUGAUUAGUAAUUUCCCUUUGAUUGUUGUCCGCCAUGACCUAGAUAGUGAUAAAUAUUUUAAAUAUCACAAUAUAUUAUAUAUUGUGAAAAGUGAUGCAGAUGCAGUCAAGUUUUGAUACAGUUUUGUAUUUGUGUAGCUGAUGAUAAAUGCUGUAUUCAGAUGGAACGGAAAUACUGUGGAUUCAAAACUAGUAAGCAUGCAAGAUAUUGUAAAGAAAAAAAACUAAUUAUCAAGUUACAUAUUAUUUGAUUAGUUACAGCACCAAUCUUACAGUGAGGAAAGUUGACUGCAUUAUUAAUGUGAAAUGAUUAAAUGCUAACAAGUUGAUAAAAAGUUCAUUUAUACGGUAAAUUUGAUAACAGUGAGCAGAAAAAAUGAAUAAUAAAAAGCAAGGCAAGAGAAAACAAAAGAAGUCAUUUAAAUGCAAGUUGUGUGAUCGUACUUUCAUCAGAAUAUAUAAUUUGAAUGAACACAUGAAAAUACAUACUGGAGAAAAACCAUUGAAAUGUAAAUUGUGUGAUUGUCUGUUCAGACAAAUGAGUAAUUUGAAGGAACACAUGAAUACACAUAGUGGGGACAAACCCUUUAAAUGUCAGCAGUGUGAAAAUGCAUUUAGAAGAAAAAGUGAGUUAACGAGGCAUAUGAAAAAACAUACAGGUGAAAAACCAUUUGCAUGUGAGCUUUGUGAUAGUGCAUUUAUCUAUAAAUGUCAUCUGAAGUACCAUAUGAGAAUUCAUACUGGAGAAAAACCAUUUUUGUGUCAGCUGUGUGACAAAAAAUUUGAUAGAAAUAGUCAGUUAAAGUUACAUAUUCAGAAACAUGAUGAACAAAAGCUUCAAAUAAUGCAACCUAUGGUAAAACAGACUGAAAAACCAUAUGUAUGCGAAUUCUGUGAAGAAGCAUUUAGCAAUAGAGAUAAUUUAGAGCAACAUUUGAGAACACAUACCGGAGAAAGACCUUUCAAAUGUAAAGAAUGUGAAGGUACAUUCAGACACUUAAGUAUUUUAAAGGAACAUAUGAGAGAACAUACUGGAGAAAAAACAUUUUCAUGCAAUGUUUGUGAUAAAAUAUUCAGCCGAAUGGAUAGACUUAAGAUUCACUCACUUGUACAUAAGGAAGAAAAACCAUUUAAGUGUACUGUGUGUAAUAGAUCAUUCAACAGAAAGGAAAGUUUAAAGAGACACGUUAGACAACAUACAGAAGGAAAAAAACCAUUUACAUGCGACAAGUGCGAUAAAACAUUCAGUCGAAUGUUUACACUCAAGAGUCAUUCAUCAAUACAUACUGGAGAAAAACCAUUUGCAUGCCAGCUUUGUGAUAAAGCCUUUGUCCAGAAAAGUUAUCUAUUGCAACAUAUGAAAGAACAUACUGAAGAAAAUCCCUUUAAAUGUAAAAAAUGUGAGGGUGCAUUCAGCCAAAUGAGUGCUCUAAAAGGACACAUGAAAAUACAUGUGAGAGAAAAACCAUUGAAAAAACAAGAAGUAGAAAAGCUGUUUCAAUGUAACGAAUGUGAUGGUGCAUUCAACAAAAUGAGAGCUCUGUAUGAACACAUAAUGAAAGUACAUAAUGGAGGAAAAUUUUUAACACACAAUGAAAGUGAUAAAAUGUCCAGCGAAAACAGUAAUCUAAAUAGCCAUUUGGAAAAACAAAAUGUAGAAAAAACAUUUAAAUGUAAAGACUGUGAUGGCACUUUCAGUCAGGUGAGUUUUCUAAAUGAACACAUGAAGAUACAUAAUGGAGAAAAACCAUUAACAUGCAAUUUGUGUGACAAAACUUUCAGCCAAAUAAGUACUCUUGAGGCACAUGUAAAAGAACAUAAUGGAGAAAAACCCUUCAAAUGUAACAUGUGUGAAGGAACAUUCAGUAGAAAAAGUCUUUUAAAGAGACACAAGAGAGUCCAUGAUGGAGAAAAAAAAACACGAGAUAAAAAAAAAUCACGAGAUAAAGUAGUAGUAGUAGAUUCACUAGCAUGUGAGUUCUGUGGUCUUGUCUUAAGCCAAGGAAGACUAAAGCAACAUAUGAGAAUACAUAUUGGAGAAAGACCAUAUAAAUGUAAUGACUGUGAAGGCACGUUUAUUGGAAUUAGUAGACUAAAGGCACAUAUGAGAGAACAUACUGGAGAGGGACCUUCUAAAUCUUUUGACUCUGAUGGCACCUUUAUCGGAAUUGAUAAACUGAAGGAUCACACUGAACAUACUGGAAAGAGACCUUAUAAAAUUAAUGACUCUGAUGGCACCUUUAUUGGAAUUGAUAAACUAAAGGAACACACUGAACAUACUGGAAAGGGACCUUAUAAAAUUAAUGACUUUGAUAGCAUGUUAAGUGGAAUUGAUAAACAAAAGAAACACACCGGAGAAGGACCUUCUAAAUCUAAUGACUCUGUUGGCACCUUCAGUAGAAUUGGUAAACUAAAGGAUCACACUGAAUAUACUGGAGAGGGACCUUAUAAACUUAAUGACUCUGAUGGCACCUUUAGCGGAAUCGAUAAACUAAAGGAACACACUGAACAUACUGGAAAGAGACCUUAUAAAAUUAAUGACUCUGAUGGCACCUUUAGCGGAAUUGAUAAACUAAAGGAACACACUGAACAUACUGGAAAGAGACCUUAUAAACUUCAUGAUUCUGAUAGCACCUUUAGCGGAAUUGAUAAACUUAAGGAACACACUGAACAUACUGGAAAGAGACCUUAUAAAAUUAAUGACUCUGAUGGCACAUUAAGCGGAAUUGAUAAACUUAAGGAACACACUGGAGAAGGACCUUCUAAAUCUAAUGACUGUGAUAUCGGAAUGAGUAAUCAAAAGGAGCAUAUGAGUGGACGUAAUGGCGAAAAGUUGUUUAAAUCUAAUAAUUCGGAGGGCACAUUCAAUCAAAUGAGCCUUCUAAAUGAACACAUGAAAAUGCAUAAUGGUGAAAAACCAUCAACAUGCAAUGUGUGUAAAAAUACAGUUGGCAAAAUGAGUAGUUUAAAGGAACUUAUUAGUGUACAUACUAAAGAAAACAAUUCAAAAGCAAGUUAUGUGAUAGUACAUUUUGCAAAAUGAGUUAUCUGAAGAACCAUCCAUGAAUACAAUAUACAUGUAACUGCCAUUGUAAACACAAUAUUGAUAUUAUUGAUUAGUUAAAUAUGUGAUGUUAACUCAGAAAUUCAAUAAAAUUAUUCAGAGUACAUUCAUAUGCACAUGACAGUCUGAAAUGACACAUGUGAAUAUAUAAAGGAGAUAAACCAUUAUCAAACUGGCACAUUCUUGCACAUGAAAGUCUUAAGGAUUACAUUAUUCAUGAAAGAGACUCAUCUGAAGUGACACAUGAGUAUAAACUGGAGAUAAUUCAUUAUCAACUUAGUAUUUUCAUGUGCAUGACACAAAGAAGAUAAACAAUUUAAAUGUGCAUGUAUAUGUGAUGUACACUUGUAAUUCCUGUAUACUUUAAUAAGAUUCCUGUAUACUUUAAUAAGACAUUAUACAUUGUAUAUUAUAAUUAAGAUUCUUUGUUUUAAAAAUACUGACCCAGUUUAUUUUUGUAAUUUGUGACCAGCAGAGUAUUAUAUAUUGUAUGCCUGUUUUGGCCAAUAGGAGAACAUUGUGAGCAGUAAAAUAAUGGAAAUAUUUUGUUCGA